GAUUGAAAAAAAUAGACCAUCAGCGAUAUCGUCAUCGUUUAUCUUUUCAAUGAUAUACCAACAUGGGAAAUAUGUAUUGUAGUAUAAAAAUAUUAUUUAUCAGUCAAGUAAUAACUCUCAAGUAGACUUUAUAUCGUGACAACAUGAGCCUUGCGUUGAGAGCCUUUAGUUUAUUAAUUCCUUUAUUCUUUAUAUUUACACAGUUUUAUCAAGUGCAUUCGUUAAACAUAUUAGGAGUGUUUCCGUAUCAAGGCAAAAGUCAUUUUUUUGUAUUUCAACCUUAUCUUGAGGAGUUGGCAUUAAGAGGACACAAUGUAACAGUCAUAUCAUGCUUUCCAAGAGAGAAGUCUAUGAAGAAUUAUCAUGAUAUUAGCUUAGCGGACAAGGUAAAGAUCCUGGAAGAUGCGUUCCCGUUGAAACGAUCUUAUUAUACAAUUUUUCAAAUCAGCGUGUUCCUUUUGUCGACCGGUACAUCAAAUUGCAAAACCAUGCUAGCCGAUGAAAAUGUUCGAAAUCUUGUGAAUUCGAAAGCCCAGUUUGAUCUUGUGUUGAUUGAACAAUUUAACACUGAUUGUGGACUUGGACUGGCUCAUAAAUUAAGUGCUCCUGUAGUGGGACUCUCAUCCCAUCAAUUGAUGCCAUGGUAUUAUAAUAGGUUUGGUGUUCCUUAUAAUCCGUCAUUCGUACCAUUCCUACUUCUUGAGGGUGGAACUAAACCUACGCUUUAUCAAAGAGUUGAAAGAAUUUUAUUUGAUGCGUAUUUUAACACUGCAUAUAAAUUUUUCGGUCAAAGAGUAGAUCAGAACACGUUGGCGCAAUAUUUUGAUGAUAUUCCUCCACUAGAAGAGUUGGGUCGUAAUAUGAAAUUUCUACUGAUUUACACUAACUCUCUCCUAACUGGCUCGAAAUUGUUACCUUCUAAUGUGAUCGAAGUCGGAGGAUUUCAUGUAGCGGAACCUAAGCCCUUACCUGAUGAACUAAAGAAAUUUAUUGAAGAAUCUGAACAUGGGGUUAUUUAUAUCAGUUUUGGAUCAAUGUUAAAAGCCACUUUAACACCUAAAGAUAAAAUUGAAGCCAUAACUGCUGCCUUAUCUGAACUCCCUCAGAGAGUUAUUUGGAAAUGGGAAGAGAAAACUCUGCCUGGAAACCCAAAGAAUAUAUACUUAUCCAAAUGGCUACCGCAAAAUGACAUUCUUGCGCAUCCCAAAGUUUUAGCAUUCUAUUCUCACUGUGGCUUGUUAGGAACAACAGAAGCGAUAUACCAUGGUGUGCCAAUGGUAGGAAUGCCUAUUUUUGGUGAUCAACCAUCAAACGCAGCUGCUGUCGAAGAAAGCGGUCUAGGUGUUCAGAUACAAUUUAAUGAACUUUCAAAAUCAAAACUUUUAGAGAAAUUUAGGACAGUGCUAGACCCUAAAUUCCAUGGACGAGUGAAGAUGUUAUCGAAAGCCUGGCAUGAUUGUCCAAUUUCAGCAAUGGACAGCGCGGUGUAUUGGGCGGAAUUUGCAGCUCAACAUCAUAAUUUUACUUUCAGGACUCCUGCAGCAGACGUUCCAUUAUAUCAAUACCUGUGCUUAGAUAUACUAUCAGUUUUAUUUGUUUUAAUUUUAGUAAUUAUCAUCAUAUUAAAGAAUUUGUUAUCAUGGAUGUUUAGAAGCAAAUCAAGUUCACAAAAAACUAAAAAAUCAAAGAGAGAAUGAUAUUAAAAAUGAUUUUAUUCCCAUAAAAUGUAUGCAAACAUUUUUUAGUA